AAUUUUGACAAUUGACAGUAUCUCCAUCCAUAAACAAAACCUAGUCUUUCUCAGUUUGAGUUUGAACAUGGCGGUCGGUAAAAAUAAAGGCCUAUCGAAAGGCGGUAAAAAGGGCGUUAAAAAGAAGAUUGUAGAUCCAUUCACAAGGAAGGAUUGGUACGAUGUUAAAGCGCCGUCGAUGUUCACUAAGAGACUAGUGGGUACCACUCUCGUCAACCGUACCCAGGGUACAAAAAUCGCAUCGGAAGGUCUGAAGGGCCGUGUCUUUGAAGUCUCCUUGGCUGAUCUUCAGGCUGACACUGAUGCGGAAAGGUCUUUCCGUAAAUUCCGUCUGAUUGCUGAGGAUGUGCAAGGUCGCAAUGUGCUCUGCAAUUUCCACGGCAUGGACCUCACCACUGACAAGCUCAGAUGGAUGGUCAAGAAAUGGCAGACACUCGUGGAAGCCAACAUUGACGUGAAGACCACCGAUGGCUACCUCCUUCGUGUAUUCUGCAUCGGUUUUACCAACAAGGAUUCGCUUAGCCAGCGCAAGACUUGUUAUGCUCAGCACACUCAGGUACGUGCGAUCAGGAAGAAGAUGUGUGAAAUUAUCACCCGUGACGUAGCCAGCUCUGAACUCCGGGAAGUUGUUAACAAGCUGAUACCUGACUCCAUCGCUAAGGAUAUUGAAAAGGCCUGCCACAGCAUCUAUCCAUUAAGAGAUGUCUGCAUCCGAAAGGUGAAAGUUCUCAAGAGGCCACGUUUCGAAAUCGCCAAGCUGAUGGAGCUCCACGGUGAAGGUGGUAGCGGUAAGCGUGGUGAGGUCGGUGACAAGUCUGAACGCCCCGAAGGCUACGAACCGCCCGUACAAGAAAGUGUAUAAGUCUAAUAUACGUUAAAAAACUGA